AUGAGUGAUUCCAACAAUUCAGCUAGACUUUCUGAAACAUUUGACUCUUCACAGUCAACACUGUUCAAGCAACGCAACCCUCUUGACAAGAGAGUUAAAUGGGCAGAGUAGGCUUUGGAACAGUACCCACACAAGUAUCCCCUGAUCAUUGAACGGGCCGCUGAUUAGUCAAAAAUUAUUGAACUGACAAAUCCCAAAUUCUUAAUGCCAAAGGUGUUCAAGGUGAGUGAGGUUCAGACUAUCAUCAGGAAGAAGUUGCAGCUCACCAGAGAGCAGAACAUAUUCUUGCUUGCAAAUGGCAAGCACAUCAUGAAACAAGAUCAAACCCUCAUGUAGGUUUAUGAUAGGCACAGAGACGAUGACGGCUUCCUUUACAUUCAAUACGCUCUAGAGUAGACUAUGGGCUGA